AUGCCGGGCAGAACUCUUCUCGAUCUCUUUCUCAAGCACAUGUGGGAAAUGAACUCCUUCGAUGCCCUCCACGCGCUGUUCGACAGUAUCUUGGAUCUGGUUACUCCACCGCCACCCGGCUCACAAGACGAAGAGUCGCUAGAUCGUAUCUAUCUUUCCAAGACAUCUCCUCUUGGAGCAUUCGUCCGUAGGGCACACCUGGAGUUCACAAGGCUACAGUUUGAUGAUUCGAUGAAGCUCUGGUCUUCAUUCAUUAGGUACAGGGCCCCAACAGCCCAAUGGACGAAAAGGUUGGCUGGCCUCGCAUCAGGUGGCGUGGACAUGGUGGUGUCUGAGAUGGGCCUGCAAGGUGGCGAUGAUGUGUAUGAGAUCGCGUAUGGACAUCUGGAAGAGGAUCAAGAGCAGGGUGCGGGUAUGAGUCUGAAUGAUCUGGACCGGAUACUGGAUUUCCAACUCGACCGACUUCAGAGAUUUGGAGACCGCGUUCCUGACGAGAUGAAGGGCCAGCUCCGUAGUAUGGUCAGCUCGUCGGGCAUAGUGCAUCGACAAGCGCAUCUCGUGCAGUUCUUCGAUGCCUGGAAAGCAGGAGACUACACGUCUGCGUUUGACAACCUACACCGAUACUACGACUAUGCCAUGCAGACGCGUGAGAAAAUUCACUACCAGUAUGCUCUGCUACACAUGGCUAUCCUACAAGCCGACUUUGGCUGUUUUGGUGAAGCAAUUGCUGCCAUCAAUGAGACAAUUGCUACAGCACGAGAGAAUCAGGACAUGACUUGCCUGAGCUUCAGUCUUAGCUGGCUGAAUCAUAUGGCAAAGGCCUACCCCAAACAGAUGAAGGGUGUUGGUUACAUGAGCAUGCUGGGAACUGAAAGGGAUGCGUUGACAUUUCUGAAAACCAAAGCCAAGGAGGCCAGAAUGUACAGUCUGCUCAGUGCAACUUUACUAAACGAGGCAAAGUUAUCUCUAACAAUGGGCGAUUCUAUACCCCGAGCACUAGAACACAUCUACCAGUCCUCACACCUUAACAUCAAGGAGAACAUCAACAGUUACGGUAGUCAGAUGCUGCUGACGGCGACCCUUUAUCAGCGACUUGGCAUCCCGCAUCUUGCCAACAUCCAUUGUGAUCUUCUUCUCGAUUGUUACUCACACUCCUGUCCGAUCGAAGAACGUCUCCGUGCUAUUGGUCGCCGAGCUUUCGUCAUAAGCCAGAGCGGCCGCUAUGAUGAGGCCAUCAAGAUGCUCGAAGCUGUCGACCCCGCAGUGUACAAAUCACUGAAAUUCCAUCAAUUCCUGGUACUUUGUAUUGGUCUUAUCAAGCUCAGGAGAGCUAUCCGAAGCAGAUCCGACUGGUCAACCGCUUCCCAUCUACUCGAGACUCUCAAGCCUUCAGCCACGCCCUCCAUGCCCUCUCUCGACCCGGAACUCUCCUUUCUUCAACACGAAACCUAUAUCGACUACCUUAUUUCCACAUCGCAGUUUCCUCUCGCCUACCAAUGUAUUUCUUCACUUGCUCAAUCUCUCAAAGAAGACAACGCAGAUGUUCAGCAGCGUAUCUCGGUUCUGUUAAUGCAAGCAGAGCUGUGGAGAAGAGUGGGUAGACCAGAGAGGGGCUUCAGUGUAGCGCUCAGGGCGGCGAGUGUUAGUUUCAGGACACGACUUGCAAGCUCACUGUGGACUGCGGUGGGAUGUCUAGGCGCAAUAUUGAACACCUUGGGAGAGUAUCAAGGAGCGAAGAGAUUGAUCGAGGCUGUUUUGCCGCAGGCAUUGGAAGGCGCAGAUACUAUGCUUGCAGGCACUCUCUAUUCACACCUAGCAGACUCGUGUAUGGGUCUUGGUAAUCCCGACGCGUCGCCGCCAACUUCUAAUACUGGAUCCCAACGCCCCUCGACACCCAAAGCAGGCGAGCAAGCAUCAAAUCGCACUUUUUCUGGCAAUAUUGCCAAAGCAGAACUCUACGUCGAUCGGGCGACGGAAUGCUUCAAGGAAGCGGCAUAUUUGGAUGGGGAAUGCGAGCAGUUGAUGAAAAAGGCGAUUAUUGCAAAGUUGAGGGGUGAUGAAAAAGUGGCAGAGGAAUGGGCUAUGAGACAUAACCUCGUUUGGGAUGAGGGUUAUGGAUCGCAAGAGAUGUGA